AUGCGACUGGUGUCCCACCCUACGGACUUCUACGGACAGGCUACCAGCGGUAGAAUUUUGAGCGCGGCCGAUGGGCAAGGCCGCGGGCGCGUGAGUCAGCACGUGGCGCUGGCGCUCGCAGCUGCGGUAACGGUGCCGGCGUGCGCCCACGUGCGCAACAGACCGCGCUCAGUUCUGUUCGCCGCUGUCUGGAGCCCGGCCGUGGCCGCUGCCCGUUUUAAAGGCGAGAGCCCGUCUUGGGCGGCAGCAGCCAGCAGGCUCCCUUUAACGGAGCGCCCUGUUACGUUCCGUGUGACUCAGCGCAACGGUGGAGGGGCCCAAGGUGGAGGGGCCCAAGGUGGAAGGGCCCAAGGUGGAAGGGCCCAAGGUGGAAGGGCCCAAGGUGGAAGGGCCCAAGGUGGAAGGGCCCAAGGUGGAAGGGCCCAAGGUGGAAGGGCCCAAGGUGGAAGGGCCCAAGGUGGAAAGGUGGAGGGGCCCACGGUGGAAGGGCCCAAGGUGGAAGGGCCCAAGGUGGAAAGGCCCAAGGUGGAAAGGCCCAAGGUGGAAAGGCCCAAGGUGGAAAGGCCCAAGGUGGAAAGGCCCAAGGUGGAAAGGCCCAAGGUGGAAAGGCCCAAGGUGGAAAGGCCCAAGGUGGAAAGGCCCAAGGUGGAAAGGCCCAAGGUGGAAAGGCCCAAGGUGGAAAGGCCCAAGGUGGAAAGGCCCAAGGUGGAAAGGCCCAAGGUGGAAAGGCCCAAGGUGGAAAGGCCCAAGGUGGAAAGGCCCAAGGUGGAAAGGCCCAAGGUGGAAAGGCCCAAGGUGGAAAGGCCCAAGGUGGAAAGGCCCAAGGUGGAAAGGCCCAAGGUGGAAAGACCCAAGGUGGAAAGACCCAAGGUGGAAAGACCCAAGGUGGAAAGACCCAAGGUGGAAAGACCCAAGGUGGAAAGACCCAAGGUGGAAAGACCCAAGGUGGAAAGACCCAAGGUGGAAAGACCCAAGGUGGAAAGACGUAAGGUGGAAAGACGUAAGGUGGAAAGACGUAAGGUGGAAAGACGUAAGGUGGCCUUAGAAAGCUCCGCUGCUUGUUCUACAAAGAAAGGACGGUUAGUGUUUUGA